AAGGUACUGGACCUUUCCAUACACACAUUGUAGACAGAUUUAAAAGAAAAUUACUAUAAGGUCUCAUUAAGCCUUAGGAGAAAGUGAGACGUUUGCAGUAAGGCGGCGUGAGGGUGUAAUUAUUGCUUUCCCUUAAGCCACGCCCCACGGCAAGAGGGGGGUGCAGCGGGGGUAGAAACAAACCCAUGCCACUAUUUAAGUGUGAAACUACUGAGAAGUAGCAGCAGCAGUCGCCUUACAGCUGUUGCUCUGUGUGUGCAUUCUUUUCCACGCACAGCCUCAUGCUUUUCCCUAGCAGCCAUUCAAGCCGUGCAGUGCAAGUGUCUGCUCCGUGUUAGCCACAUACGUAUUUCCAGGCUUACUGACAGCAGCAGGCAGGGGAGCAGUUAAAAAAAAGGAACCAGCAGAAAAGGAGGAGUUUCUCCUCUGAGCAGCUUUCUCUCUAGGAAGCCAGAAGCUGCUUCAGCCUAUUCAGUUUGGAAGAAUAUCUUAUGACUGGCAGCUACUUUUAACAGAAGAAUUGAAGACUGUUUAAACGGAGAGUCCCCCCUUUCAGCUGUGCUGCUUUCUUGGGUGGGUACUUUCUACACUCCCCUGGUGGUACUGGAGAAGGAAGGAGCGCAUGUGAAAGAGGCAGCACCUGUUGGAUCCCGGUGACAUCAGCCGCACUUUGGGCACUUCUACCUAUCCAAGGAUGGAGGAUGAAGCAGUUUUGGACAGGGGGGCUUCAUUCGUGAAGCAUGUCUGUGAUGAAGAGGAGGUGGAAGGCCACCACACUGUCUACAUUGGUGUCCAUGUUCCCAAAAGCUAUAGAAGGAGGAGACGUCACAGGCACAGAACUGGCCACAAAGAAAAGAAAGAAAAGGAAAAAUCAUCUGAAAACCACUCAGACCUAGACAAGUCUGAUACUGAGAAUGCUGAUGAGACUAGCUCUAGCGUCCUCAAACCCCUCAUCUCACCUGCUGCAGAGCGUAUCCGGUUUAUAUUGGGUGAGGAGGAUGACAGCCCUGCACCCCCACAGCUCUUCACAGAGCUGGAUGAACUUCUGUCUGUUGAUGGCCAAGAGAUGGAAUGGAAGGAGACAGCAAGGUGGUUAAAAUUUGAGGAAAAGGUGGAGCAAGGGGGCGAAAGAUGGAGUAAGCCUCAUGUUGCCACCCUGUCCUUGCACAGCUUAUUUGAACUGAGGAGUUGCAUCGAAAAAGGGACAGUACUGCUUGACCUAGAGGCAAAUUCACUCCCACAAGUAAUAGAGAAAAUACUUGACAACCAGAUUGAGACGGGGUUGUUGACAGCAGACCUGAAGGACAAAGUGACCUACACAUUGCUCAGGAAGCACCGACAUCAGAUGAAGAAAUCCAACCUGCGCUCCUUGGCUGACAUAGGAAAAACUGUCUCCAGUGCAAGUAGGAUGUUUACAAGUCCUGAUAAUGGCAGUCCAACAAUGGCCCAUAGAAACUUGACAUCUUCCAGUCUGAAUGAUAUCUCUGACAAGCCUGACAAAGACCAGCUAAAGAACAAAUUCAUGAAAAAGAUACCAAGAGACGCAGAAGCAUCGAAUGUACUUGUAGGGGAAGUGGAUUUUCUGGAAAACCCUUUUAUUGCUUUUGUCCGGUUGCAACAAUCAGUUAUGUUUGGUGCCCUGACAGAAGUUCCUGUACCUACCAGGUUCCUCUUUAUUCUGUUGGGCCCAAAGGGAAAAGCCAAGUCAUACCAUGAAAUUGGAAGAAGCAUUGCUACCUUAAUGUCUGAUGAGGUUUUCCAUGACAUUGCCUACAAAGCAAAAGACAGAGAGGACUUGAUUGCUGGAAUUGAUGAGUUUCUUGAUGAAGUCAUUGUACUUCCACCUGGUGAAUGGGACCCUGCAAUACGGAUAGAACCACCGAAGACUCUUCCAUCUUCUGAUAAAAGGAAAAACAUGUAUGCAGGUGGCGAGAAUCUGCAGAUGAAUGGAGACACCGUUCACGAUGAAGAUCAUGGAGGAGGUGGACAUGGAGAUUGUCCAGAGCUAAGAAGAACAGGCAGGUUUUGUGGAGGACUGGUGGAGGAUAUAAAGAGAAAAGCUCCAUAUUUUGCAAGUGACUUUUACGAUGCAUUGAGUAUCCAGUCUUUUUCUGCCAUGCUCUUUAUUUACUUGGGGACAGUAACCAAUGCCAUCACCUUUGGAGGUCUUCUUGGAGAUGCUACAGAAAACAUGCAGGGUGUCCUGGAAAGCUUUUUGGGCACAGCAAUCUCAGGCGCCGUGUUCUGCCUUUUUGGUGGUCAGCCUCUUAUUAUUCUAAGCAGCACGGGACCAGUCUUGGUUUUUGAGAGGCUUUUGUUUAACUUCAGCAGAGAUAAUGAAUUUGACUAUUUGGAGUUUCGAUUGUGGAUUGGCCUGUGGUCAGCUUUCCUAUGUCUUGUGCUGGUUGCCACUGAUGCUAGCUCACUAGUCAAGUACUUCACUCGCUUUACAGAAGAAGGAUUUGCUUGCCUCAUCAGCUUCAUUUUCAUAUAUGAUGCUUUCAAAAAGAUGAUCAAAUUUGCUGACUACUACCCAAUCAAUAACCAUUUCAAAGUUGGAGAUGUCACUUUGUUCAGUUGCACAUGUCUUCCACCAGACCCAUCAAACAUUUCACUGUUUAACGAGACAACAGAAUCACCAUUAGACUUCUUCUCUACUACCAUGGAAAUGGAUAUGGAUCACAAUACCACUAUAAACUGGUCAUCUCUUACUAAGAAGGAAUGUUUGAAGUAUGGUGGUAACCUUCUUGGAAACAACUGUAAAUACAUUCCCGAUAUAACAUUAAUGUCUUUUAUGCUGUUCUUUGGUACAUAUGCAUGCUCAACUGCUCUAAAGAAGUUCAAAACCAGUCGCUAUUUUCCCACAACAGCACGGAAAUUGAUCAGUGACUUUGCCAUCAUAUUGUCCAUUCUAAUUUUCUGUGGAAUAGAUGCACUUGUUGGUGUAGACACCCCAAAACUGAUUGUGCCCAGUGAGUUUAAGCCAACAAGUCCCCACAGAGGCUGGUUUGUCCCACCAUUUGGAGGAAACCCCUGGUGGGUGUACCUUGCUGCAAGUCUUCCUGCUCUUCUUGUGACUAUAUUGAUCUUCAUGGACCAACAGAUCACAGCCGUCAUUGUCAACAGGAAGGAACACAAACUCAAGAAAGGAGCUGGCUAUCACUUGGACUUGUUUUGGGUGGCUGUUCUGAUGAUUGUGUGUUCCUUCAUGGCUCUUCCCUGGUAUGUGGCUGCUACUGUCAUCUCCAUUGCUCACAUUGACAGCUUGAAAAUGGAAACAGAAACAUCAGCCCCAGGAGAACAACCCAAGUUUUUGGGUGUUAGGGAACAAAGAGUUACAGGAGUCAUGGUGUUCCUUUUGACUGGUGUGUCUGUCUUUAUGGCACCUAUCCUAAAGUUCAUCCCUAUGCCUGUGCUGUAUGGAGUCUUCCUAUAUAUGGGAGUAGCAUCUCUCAAUGGCGUUCAGUUCAUGGACCGUCUCAAGCUGCUUUUGAUGCCUGCAAAACAUCAGCCAGAUUUCAUCUACUUGCGCCAUGUUCCUCUGCGCAAGGUGCAUCUCUUCACAUUCAUUCAGAUAUUAUGCCUGGCACUGCUCUGGGUCCUAAAAUCAACUGUGGCUGCUAUAAUCUUCCCAGUUAUGAUCCUUGCACUUGUGGCAGUGAGAAAGGCCAUGGAUUAUCUGUUUUCUCAACAUGACCUGAGUUUUCUUGAUGAUGUCAUCCCUGAGAAGGACAAGAAGAAAAAGGAAGAUGAGAAAAAAAAGAAGAAAAAGAAAGGAAGUGUGGACAGUGACAACGAAGACUCUGACACACCUUAUUCAGAAAAAGUACCAAGUAUUAAAAUUCCUAUGGACAUCAUGGAAAAGGAACCAUUCCUAAGUGAUAGCAAACCUAGUGACAGAGAAAAACCUUUUACAUUCCUUGAGCGACACACAUCAUGCUGAAAGAAUACCUUUCCUUCAGUCACAUAUGCCAAGCCCACCAAGCACUCCAAUACGAAUUGUGCCUCAAAUUAGAAUAGAGAUUGAGCCAGAUGAUGACUCUUAUUUCUGGAGGAGCCGGGGAACAGAAACAACUUUAUAAAGCUGUGAACCAUAGCCUGCAUUUUUUUUCACUGUUUGUCGCUCAUUAGCCAAAUAUGAAAUCAUCUUUGCACUUUUCACGAAUAAUGUGGAAAGCUUCUGCCUACAGCAUUUUGUAAAUAUAUUGUGCUUCCUUUGUUACGUUAAACAGUGAAUUUAACCAAUCACGCCCGUUUUUUCUCUACUGUAAAUGCGUCUUACCUUUUUUUUCACCUUACUGAAACUAAAGAACACAAUUUAUGUUUAUGCUGUAAUUAUUGCUGCUACCAAAAGCAAAUCCCAUACAAAGUCAAGCUUGGAAUAACUAUGCAGAUCUUUCCAAGAGUCCUACAUGCCAUUUUGUAUAAAUGCAUGUUUGGACCCUGACAGACUAUAAGACAAAUAUAGGUACACAGCUUAAUGCAUUGCCAUAUAAUAAAUGUCCCUUGUCUUUGUAUCUUCCUUAAAAUACUUUUUGGUACUCUGUAUAAAAUGAAGCAAAAUAUUUCAUACCGUCUAGAUUUUGUCUUUAAAUUAUGGGGCCUAACACUGAACAUAUAUUAUAAUUUUUUUUAAAGAAACUUUUUUAAUGAUUGUAAAGAAAAUGAAUCUUUUUUCCUGCAGCAGGAAAUUUAUAGUGUGAAGUAGUUCUACCUCUUAUAUGUAGGAGCUGGGCUUUUAUUUUUCUGUAUGAAUGUUUUGCGUACAAUGUGAUUAUAUGGUAUCUCAAUCUCCAUAUUAAGCAAGUGAUUAAAUGCUUGAAAGUUUUGUAUUUGAACUAAUCAGGAGACUCAUUUUAAAAGAUCUUGAGGGAGGCAGUGCUAAUUUAUAAUCCAUUAUUUUAUGUGUUCCAAAAUGAUUUUUUUCUGUAUGUAGGCAAUACUGACUGGUAAUAGGGAUCAACAGAAAAAUCACUAUUCAUCUUUUUGAAUGGGUACUUUUAUUUACAGUAUUGGCACCCUUUCACUAAUACACUUUUGUGUUUUUAUGGAUAUUCAUUGAUACUGUAUAUAUGUGUGAGAAACACAAUCUAGAAAUUAUCCAAGUAAAAUGGAAUUCUGAUUCUAAUGCCUAAUUCAAGACCCUUUUGCUUAAUCUAAUUGAUUGAGAUGCCUAUGUCCUUCCACCAAGCACGUGAAUUCAGGGUUAUAGGAUCAAAAGCAGGCAUUGUCCUUUGGGGCCCUUAUUUACAUAAUUAACCUGGAUAUCUAAAAGCAAAUUGUAGUAUCUCUCCAAGUGACUUAUCAAGGUGCCCUCUAGGUUAGGCAACAAGGAUGUUGGGGACCAGUUUGGAGUUACCAGGUGAUCAGAUAUCGUAUGGUAUAAAAUACAGUAUGCCUAUAUAUUUCAUUCAGUCCUUUCAUGAAGGCUAUUCUCUAAUCUGAUGAUCCUACUUAGGGAUCCAAUAUUUUUUAUCACUGACAACCAGUUAGGGUUUUAUUGAGAUCUUCUUAAAAACACACUUGAGAUACAAACUGGAUACACCUCACCUGGUCCCACCAGAGGUUCUAAAGGGUUCUUAUGAAAUAGGAUGUAUUUUGUCCAGUGUACUUGUCACUGAAAACAUUGUAAACCCAUGGAGUCCACAGUUUGUGCUAUUUCAUUCCCCUAGUUAACCCAUAAUAUCUAGUUAUCUCAUUUUCUAUUGAUCACACACCUAUGAUAUGCAUGUUCAAGGGUUGUAUGAGAUUACCUUUGUGUCAAUAUUUUUACAACACAGUCUUCCAGUCUGAAAUCAUGUUUCUUUUACUUGAACUGUAUUAACUGCUGAUAUAUUUGUCUAAUGUAUAUGUAUUAUUAAAUGAAAUGCAAGGAGAGCUGCAACGUUUGGGUGUAGGUAUGGGACAAAGCUUGCAACCAACAUCCUUUAAUAUGUGACACCUUACUGAAAAGGAUAAUUUUCUUUGCACAAAUACAAGGAUGAUUUUCAAACAUGAUAAACUGAGGACAAGCUUGAAAAUGAACUAAAAGUAUCAAAUAUCUUGUUAUAGUGACCCCCACAUUUGUGAAGCAUGCAUGUGAAGCAUGCUAAGAUACCAGAAAAUAUGUUUUCUACCAUGACAGCCUGUUAUCUUCUAUAGAAUCAGACGUCUUACUUCAGGGCUGGGGUAUCCUGUGAGCCAUUGCAAGAGCCAAGAACACCUGUCCCGUACUUAUACUGAUAGUUCAGUGUUAACACAACUGUUUUAAUUUAUAGUCAAUGACAUGGUUACAAUAAGAAGUAUUUUUUUCUUGCGGCAGAGGUGGGGAGAGGUCAGCACUUUCAGCUACAAAUAACAAAAAAGCAACAAAACACUUUUAUAAACAGACAUCCCUGUGUUAGAGAGGUCCUUAAAUAAAUGCCACUUAAUCUGUUUUGGGCAACUCUGUCACAUAAGGGGUUAAACAACAUGUGUGUCCUUUAUUGGACAUAAAGUUUUAUUUUGUAUUCAAUUGUAUUCAAUUAAGAAUGAUCAAAUACAAAGUAGGAAGCAGCAGAAACAGACUGAAAUGAUUUUUUUCCUUAUAACAAAGAGAACUGAUUAUUAUGUCUAUUUAGUAUAUUGCUAUUUUAUGAAUCUUUCUAUUGUGUCUUUUAUGAAAUCAAAAGAAUGAAGAAAUUGAUAUUUUAGCAUUUAUAUUUUUUGAAAUGAAAUGUAUAUUGAAAAUAAAGUAACUUUAUGAAA